AUGACAUCCAACUCAUUUCAAUCUCAAUCUCAAGCUCAAUCACAAUCACAAUCUUGGUCAAAUCAUCAAUUCCAUCAUCAAUCAAACUCUCAAAAUAUCAUAGGAGAACCCGUAUCAAAUCAUCAUAGAUAUCAACCUUCAACUCAUCCAUCAUUUUCAAAUCAGAAUCAUGGUCAUAUGCUUCCACCUCAAGCUCCUUCAUACUUGAAUCAUGAUACUUAUCCUACUUCAUCUAGAACGACCUACGAUCCUAAUUUACAUAAUAAUAUCUCAUAUGAUCCCUCACAAUACCCUCCUCCGCCACCACAAUUCCAAGCACCUGAACCUUGUAGUGUGAUCAAGACUUAUAGGGCUUAUUUUAGUUUAGCAGAGGUGGAUAGGAUGGUUAAGAUUCAGUCUGCUAAACUUGCUCCUGCUAGGGUUGAAGCUACGCGACAACAAGCUUGUGUUUUUAUGGACAAGGUUGGAAUGCGAUUAGGAUUUCCACGAAGGACAAUAGCUUCAGCUCAAUUACUCUAUCAUCGGUUUCAUCUUUUCUUUCCAUUCGCAUCAUUUAACCCACAUGAAGUUUCAAUCUCAUCACUAAUGUUAGCAUCCAAGAUGGAAGAUACAUUAAAAAAAUUAAGAGAUAUACAAAUGACAGCUUGGGUGAUACGAAACAUUCAAGAUGGAGGUACAGGACAAGGAGAACCAGAACCUUCAAUAAUCGAUUCAGAAAGAAGUAAAUUAGUUGGAAUCGAAAGAUUAUUACUUGAAACCGUUUGUUUUGAUUUCGGUUCUGGUAAAUUAGCUGGUGGUAAAGAUUUAUUUGGUUAUGUAGUAGCUAUUGGUCGUCAUUUGCAUUCUAGUAAAGGACUUAUACAUCUUGCUUUUAGACUUGCUGUGGAUUCAUAUCGCACAUUGGUUGCACUUACUUAUCCUCCUCAUAUCAUUGCUUUAGCUUGUCUUUAUUUGGCCUCCUUUUUCGAUCCCGAUCAUCAUCAUUACUCUUUUGGCGCAUCUGGUAGUAAAGCUGAAAAGGUUGAACCGCACUUUGAGGUAGGGUGGAGUCGAGCGUUUGACACAGAUAUAGAUGAUAUUGAAGAUAUAUGUCAUUCGAUCCUAGACCUGUUCAUCUCAUUAGCAGCCCCUCUCAAAGCAAAUCAAUCACCAACAUCUCCAUCCGAAGUAAAACCCAGAAGAAUAUCAAAUCUGAACACAUCAACUUCAUCGGCCACAGGACCAUUUCCAAGUUCCGAUCAACUUACCAAACUAAAAAUCUCAUUACGUGAAAAAUCAAAUGAUCGGGGUGACAUUGAUAUAGAUCCUAAAGAUGAUAAUCCUUCUAAACGGAUUAAACUUAUGGCUGGUCUAAGUCAUCAGGAUGAACGGUCUGAUGAAUUUCAAUUCGAAGGAAGAGAAUUACUUGGAAGAGAUGACGUGACUGUUAGAUUUAUCUUUGGAACUAAUGGAUCUCGAUUGAUAUCAGAAUCAACAAAUUAAUUAAUGAGACACAGAUGAGCAGUGUGAUGUUCUUUAGAGACAGAACUUGGACUGGAGUGUUGGGGAUCGGGUGUAUACUUUUUUAUUGGAUCGAGGCAAAAAGAAAAAUCAAAAAAUCUUUCAAGAUCACUUUUCUGGGUUUGGAAGUUUGUGUUAUUUUGAAGAACGAUGUAUAUUUAUUUCGGAUUGAAAAGUUUAAUAGAUUUUGAUUAGAAUUCAUCCAUUCAGGAUUUCCUAUCGUAUUUUUAAUAAAUCUUCCAAAACAUGUAUGACUUCUUAUCGAGUUAUGAAGAUUGAUAAUAUCAUGAAGUUGAGGGAUCGUAACCUUGUGAGAUUAUUUUACAAGUCAACCGAUUGAGGUGCAUAUAUUACUCAAAAUUCGUUUGUC